GCAACACCAUCCCCACCUCACAGCCGCCCGGUUGGAUCUCGUCAUUCCGUGUUUUCGUGCUCAAGCCUUCGCACGUGUACUACUAUUUUCGAAAUCAUUAUGCCGAAUAAAAGGAAACGUGACAGCAGCAGUGAAAGAAUCCACAAGAAAAUAAAAAAGCUUAAAUCACAAUUAAAAGAAAAAUCAAAUAAAAAACGUAGGCGUUUAAUUAUUUACUCGGACAGCGACAACUCAGAUUAUGAACAAGAAGGAGCCGAUUUAAUUCACAGUGCUAAUGACGUACUGUCAAGCCCUACUACAACGAAUUCCAAUGAAAUACCCUCAACUUCCCAGGCAGUGGAGAAUACAGAUUCAGAAUUAGACAACGAAAUUCUUGUUCUAUUGGGUAGCGCUCCUAAAAUUGAUAAUAAGUUUGGCAAACCAACCCACAAAGACUUGGCGUCUAGAUGGCAAGACAUCCUGUCGAAAGGGCUUUCCAAAGAUGAAAAAGAUAGAUUAUUAAAUGAAUAUUUAAUACCCGAAAAUUGUGAUAUGCUUGUGGCGCCAUCGCUUAACGCGGAGGUAAAGGUCGCAUUAGCCGACAAUAUGGUAAAAAGAGACUCUUCUCUAUUAGCUAAACAAAAACAGUUAUCUGUAGCUAUAGCUGCCAUUAAUCAAGCAAUUGAAAUGACAAUCUCGAAAGAAAGUCACACAAAAAUUUUAAAACCGCUGAGCGAUGCAUGCGAUUGCUGUGUGAUAGUCACUUCAGUGAUACGAGAACACGCCGUGGAUUUGUUAUAUCUUCGAUAAACCAGGAACUUAGAGAAACUCUUACGGAGUCAACCCGAGACAAAUUACUUUUCGGAGAAAACAUAUCUGAAAAAUUAAAAUCAGCAAAGAAUAUAAAGAGGUCGGCAGCCGAUCUUAAACAGAUCAAAAAUGAUAGGUAUAACAUAUUUAAUAAAAAUAAUUUUAUUAAGCCGAACAAAAAUUCCAAAGCUCGUUUAAACUGGAAAACGAUGCCUCGGAAGAUAACUCCCAAGACGGAAUCGGGCAGAACGCGCCAACGCCAGACUUCGGCCAACGACUUUCAACAGCGGGGACGUCGAGAUCGGGAGACAUCGGAGCGAACAGGGAGCAACAGGAGGCGCUAAAAGAGGUUGUCCCACAACAUGAACCAGACACUCAUUUUAGCUGCCGUGAAAUUAUCAGGAACUCGUUAUUACGCAAAUCCUUAAAUGAUAAAUCUAUCGAUAUAAUUUUGUCUUCUCUUACCGGUAAUACAUACAAACAGUAUG